GUUAAGGUACAUACGCGGACUUGCUUGCGUUUUUUAACGGAAAAAGAAUUGACGUACUCGCUUGCAAUCUAAGCAGCCCCACCUGCAACUUAGAAAUAAUUCGUUAAAAAAGAAAGUAAGUCACUAGAUACGAGGCAUUAGACUGGCGGAGCCCCGAGCCUUUGGUCCUCGAGAAGUUUGCAUUUUCUUUCAGGUGGUUCUCUAAGCGCACUUCGCUAGUUGCCGGUUUGGUUGGUUAAUGGGCAAUUAGGAAUUACUGCAGGAAAGUUGGUAGUGAUAACGUUUUGUGACGGUAGUGUUCCAAAGGAGAAUAGGCCAUCAAAAUGACGGAAUUAAACUUAAACUUGGACGAUUAUCCUGAUAGAGUUGCUGAACUCUACAAGGACAAAACCAUCUUCAUAACCGGCGGGACGGGAUUUAUGGGCAAAGUUUUAGUGGAAAAAUUACUGAGAUCCUGCAGUGGUUUAAAGAAAAUCAUUCUACUAAUAAGGACCAAAAAGGAUAAGAGACCGGAUGAGCGGAUUAAAAUCGUUAUGGACGAUCCGUUGUUCGAGUUGGUGAAGAAACUGAGAGGAGCAGAUAUCGUUAAAAAAGUCUUCGCCGUGGCCGGAGACGUGACUUUCCCGGACUUGGGGCUGUCCAACGAGAACAGGCAAAUGAUCAAGGAUGAGACGGAGAUUAUCUUCCAUUGCGCCGCGACGAUCAGAUUCGACGAGCCGCUGAAGAAGGCCGUAAUAUUGAACGUGAGGGGCACGAAGCUCAUGCUGGACUUGGCGAAGGAGUGCAAGAAGCUUAAAAUAUUUUCGCAUUUGUCUACGGCUUAUUGCCAUCUCCACGAGAGGGUUCUGUACGAAAAAGUGUACCCGCCGCCAGCGGAUCCUUAUCACGUUAUCAAAACUAUCGAAUGGUUGAAUGAAGAGAUUGUAGAUACUAUUACACCUAAGAUAUUGGGCGACAUUCCUAACACGUAUGCUUUUACGAAAGCUUUAGGAGAAGCUUUAGUCGCUGAUGAAUUAAACAACUUGCCAGUAAUUAUUCUAAGACCAUCUAUAGUAAUCCCUGUUUGGAAGGAACCGAUUCCAGGAUGGACAGACAACAUUAACGGUCCUGCGGGUCUCUUAAUAGGAGCAGGAAAAGGCGUAAUACGUACUAUGUAUUGUAAUUCCGAUGGAUACGCCGAUUUCUUACCAGUAGAUAUAGGUGUUAAUGCUAUGCUAGUUAGUACCUUGGAUUUUACAAUGCAUGGCAAUCGUAGAAUAUACAACUUAACCAGUUCUUCCGAAUACAAAAUAUCCUGGUCGGAGAUCAUAGAAAUCGGAAGGAAAGUUAUCGAAACUAAAAUACCGCUGAACAACGUGGCUUGGUAUCCAGGAGGUUCCAUGAAGACAUCCAGAUGGGUACACAACAUAUGCUUCUUAUUGUUCCACAUAUUGCCCGCUUUAUUCGUCGAUGCAUUGUUAAUGCUUCUCGGCUACAAACCAGUGCUCAUGCGCGUGCAAAAGAGAAUACUGAAAGGCUUCGAAGUCUUCGAGUACUACGCUAAUAAUCAAUGGGACUUCAUAAACGAUCAGUCUCUAAAGGCCCGGAGCUACCUCAAUCCACGCGAAAGGGAGAUUUAUAAGGUGGAUGGGUUUGGCAUAGAUUAUGUUGAUUAUUUUAAGAAUUGCGUCCAUUGUACGAGAUUGUAUAUUCUAAACGAACCCGAUGAUACUAUUCCCGCUGCAAGAAGACACAUGAAACUGAUGUGGUUCGUGGAUAAAAUUUUUAAAUGUUUAUUCGCAUUGGGAUUGCUCUACUACAUGUGGACCAGAUUAGUGAGGCCUUUUGUAAUACCAUCUUACUGAUAAUUUCGAAUUUUUAUUAGUUCUAGUAGAUAUACAAAUAUGUACUUUGAUAGUUUUGUAAAGACCGCAGGAAGGGGUGACUUCACAACCGGAAUGUUCUUUCUCCUGCAUUUAUCUAAAUUUAAUAUGUAUAGGCGAUGGAAAUGUGUUUAUGUAAAUAUUUAAAUUUUGUUACAUGUUUUUGUAAUGCUGUAAGUCGAUUAAAAUAUGUAUUGGCAA